CGGAAACCUCUUCCGAUGAGGUCCUUACCUCUCCUCCUCCUCCUGUUCCAGGUCCUCUCUCCUACUCUCGCCCUCGACUUCCUCUUCAACUCCUUCUCCAACAUCUCCAACGCCACCGACUUGACUCUCAUCAACGACGCCAGGCUCGACGCCUCCACCGUCCGCCUCACAAACGACUCCGUUCAAUGGUCCCUCGGCCGCCUCUUCCACACCACCAAGCUCACCAUGAGACCUAAUUCCACCUCCACUUCCCUCGCUUCCUUUUCAACCUCCUUCGUCUUCUCCGAUCUCCCCCAAAUCGCUUCCAGCCCAGGCUUCGGCCUCUGCUUCGUCCUCUCCAACUCCACCUCUCCCCCUAACGCCCUCGCCAGCCAGUACUUCGGCCUCUUCUCAAACGCCCAGGUUCAGGUCGUGGCUCCCUUACUCGCCGUCGAAUUCGACACGGGCCGAAACACCGAGUUCAACGAUCCCGACGGAAACCACAUCGGAAUCGACCUCAACAGAGUCAUAUCGGAGGUCACUACGCCCGCCGGCUACUACAAUUCCACCGGCGGCUUCGUUCCGGUUCAGAUGCGGAGCGGCGAGAACGUCCGGACUUGGAUCGAAUUCGACGGUGAUAAUCUCGAAAUCAACGUCACCGUGGCUCCGGCUAAUCUGCCACGGCCGACUCUGCCUACGCUGAGCUUCAAAGACCCAAGGAUUGCCAACUACGUGUCGUCCGAGAUGUUCGUUGGGUUUUCGGCGUCGAAAACGGAGUGGAUUGAGGCGCAGAGAAUUUUGGCUUGGAGUUUCAGUGACACUGGUGUUGCUAAAGAGAUCAACGUGACCAAUUUGCCUGUUUUCAAGCUCGAGGCUUCUUCCAAAUCCUUGCCUAUGGGAGCCAUUGCUGGUAUUACAAUAGGUUGCGUUUUGUUUGUGGUGACUUUAGCGUAUGGAGUCUACUUGUAUUGGAGGAAGAAGAAGCUGGAGGAUGAAGAGGAUGAUGAGAUUGAGGAUUGGGAGAUGGAGUAUUGGCCUCAUCGAUUUUCGAAUGAAGAGCUGAGCGAGGCUACUGGUGGAUUUUCAAAAGAUCAGCUUUUGGGUUCGGGUGGAUUUGGGAAGGUUUACAGAGGAGUUUUAUCGAACAAGACAGAGAUAGCAGUGAAAUGUGUGAACCAUGAUUCGAAGCAGGGGUUGAGAGAAUUUAUGGCUGAGAUUUCGAGCAUGGGGAGACUGCAGCAUAAGAAUUUGGUCCAAAUGCGAGGGUGGUGCAGAAAAGGAAACCAGCUCAUGCUUGUGUAUGACUACAUGCCUAAUGGGAGCCUCAACAGGUGGAUUUUCGACAGGCCGAAGAAGGUUUUGGGCUGGGGGCAACGGCGGCGUGUGUUGGCAGACGUGGCGGAGGGGCUGAACUAUCUGCACCACGGCUGGGACCAAGUGGUGGUUCAUAGAGACGUUAAGUCGAGCAAUAUAUUGCUGGACUUGGAAAUGAGAGGUAGGCUUGGUGAUUUUGGAUUGGCCAAGCUGUAUGAGCACGGUGAAGUGCCUAAUACCACUCGUGUGGUUGGCACGAUGGGGUACUUGGCGCCGGAGCUGGCUACCAUAGCGUCACCAACAGCAGCGACUGAUGUGUAUAGCUUUGGAGUGGUGUUGUUGGAAGUGGCGUGUGGAAGAAGGCCUAUUGAAAUGGGGGCAGAGGAGGAGGAGGAGGCAGUGCUGAUCGAUUGGGUGAGGGAGUUGUAUUCAAAAGGGAGGGUGAGAGAGGCGGCGGACCAGAGAAUUAAAGGGGAGUAUGAUGAGGAGGAGGUGGAGGUUGUAUUGAAGCUUGGGUUGGCUUGUUGUCAUCCUGAUCCUCACAAAAGGCCUAGCAUGAAGGAAAUUGCGGCAAUUUUGGUCGGCGAGACAGUGUCCGAGCCAGCUCCUGCCGCAUUGUUAUCAGAACUGGUACGCGGCGAGGGUGGUGAUGGGGCCGGCAUCGAGGAAGAAUCCGGGGAAGUGGCAUUCCAACCCCAGCAUUCAGUGUGAAUGUGUUUUGGUUGAACAACAUUGCAUCUCAUUGCGUUUGCUGGUGCUGUUCCCAAGUUGCCAAACCUCCAGCAUUUGGAGUUGGUUAUUCUAGCUGAUGAUCCAUGGGGACUUUGUCGAUUAGCUGCUAAUUUCCUCCAGGCGUCUGCACACUUGAAACUUGUGCUCCAGGUACGUGUUCCUCCAACUUGGUGGACUAAUGACAUCACAUGUUGCGACAUGGUUUUUGUGCUCUCACUUUCGGCUACAUUGUUCACCCCC